CAAGAUGAGGUUAAACAUAGCAGCCUGGACGGCGACCUUCACUCAGGGGAACCUGAGGCUCUCUGGGAUGAUCCAGGAGGGCUCCAGACACCCCAGGGGCCCCUCCAAUGCUGCGACGUCUUGCUGGGGUCCUGAGCACUCGCUGGCCAACAGACCCCACACCCCCCCUUGUUCAUCGUCAUCUCUGGGGGAUAGACAAGAGCUGUGGCCGCCAUGGGCCUCAUGGUGCCAUCAACCCUCUGCCUCCCCCAGCCUGAGAAGGAAGGCCACAAUCCUGCCCAGGUCGCCAGCCAGGAGCACCGCAGGACCGAGUGGAGGAAGCUGUGGGGAGCGUGGUGACAGGAGGUGGGACCAAGGGGCAGAGCUGGCUAGGGCACGGAUGCCAGAGGCUGCCUCCAUAGUGCGUCUCCAGAAGCCACGGAGGCCUUGGGUGCCCAGAGCCACCCAGCCUGGAAGCCCCUGCACAGCCCAGACCUGUGGGCCGCAGACCCCAGUGAGGCCCAGUCCCCGGUGGACCCCGAAGCCUCACCCGAAGCCUUCGCGCACAAGGGGCAGCCCAGGGGAGGGACGUGGACGCCCCUGUGGCUCUGCUGGCGCAGGAAGGGAGCUGUGGUCCAAGUGGCUGACAGAGAGAAAGCAGUGCGUUGGUGAAAGCAACAUGAGGAGUGAUUUCCGUUCCUGCUGGGGGACCCAGGCCUCUGUCCGGGAGCUUCGUCCAGCCUGUGAAUGGAGCCUGACUGGCUGCAGAUGGAACUUCUCUGUCUUCCCACCCUUGGUGUCUAAGGUUAUUGCUUUCAGAGCUGAAUUUACAAGAGGUGUGUGUGUGUGCAUGCUCACUCGUGUGCACAUGCAUGCGUUUAAGCAUGUGUUCACUCAACCCGAAGAGCAGUUCACGGGAUUUAGCAAUUCUGAGGUAGGUAGAAGUUGAGGCACUGGGUAGGCAGAUGUGCAGCCAGCUGUGAAUGUACCGUGCACCAUUGUACAAAGGAAGCAGACCCCAUUGCUGGAGGGAGGAUUGGGUUGUCUGGAAGUAUUAGGUUCAUUUCAUGUUUGUGUUAGAAGAAAUGUCUGACUUUGGGGCAGAUGAAAUAGUGGCUGCGGACCAGGCAUGGUUCCCUAGGUCAAAAUCAGGGAAAAGCUAAUAGGAUCAGACAGAUAGGCUUUUUCUUUGGUGGGUGCAGGAUUUCUGCUGGGAAAUGCACUAUUAAUCACCACUUCUCCAAGAAAGACCCAUCCGUUUCUGUUGUUAUUCAAGCCACAGUUCCUGAUUUACUCGGACAAGAUACCGGGCUGGUUCAAUGUCUCUCGCUGAGCCUGACUCGGUGUUUGCGUCUCAAGUCUGAACUCUUGUUUAGUCCUCUGUGCAUAGUUUAGUCUCAGUUUAGUGACUGCAUCUUCUUGGCACAUUUAUUAUACUCAGAAUUGAAUGGCACACAAUAGCCUCUUGUUAAUGGAAGCUACCAUGGAGCUGUGGGUGAACCACUGGGUUGAAGUCUGAUGGACACAGGCAUCCAGAAAUAUGUUGUAAUUCUACCUGGCUCCAUGCCAGCCUGGCCUCCUCCUCUGGGGAAGCUCCUGGCCUGGCCCCAGUGUGUACCUGCAUGGGAGCAACAGCUGCACGGGCUGGCUGUUGAGGAUCUAAAGGUGUGCAGUGAAACUCACCCAGAUUCACUUCCCUCCUGUUUAUUUGGGUCAUCAUGGUUUUGCAUGUUGUAUAUGUUUGGAGCACUUCAUAGACCCCUGUCUACCACAGGCAUUCUUAACCACGGUUCUGUAAUAAUAAUAAGGCAAACUCUACAGCAAAGAGAAGCAUGUAAAUAUGUACCAAUUAAGUUGUAAUUGUUUAUAUGUAAAAAGCAUGUAUAUAGGAAAGGGAGAAGGUGCAAGGAACGUGAAUAACAUCCAAGCUGCGUUGCAUCCCUGCCCAUUCCCGAAAGCACACAUCUAGCAGGAACGUCUGUUCCUCUCCUUAGACAUCACCGUUUUCACUCAUCUAUCAUAGGCACCUUCUUUACAUCUGAUUACAAUAUCCAGCAUUUCAGAACUGGGUUUUUGCCCCAGAAAACGUAAAUAUGAGCAUUUAUCACUGACUCCUCCUGGUCCAGUGAGCAGCAGCAGAAUUCAAGUAUUUAAAAAUAAGAUGCAUUUCUAAAUUGUAGGCUACCUUCUUUUCUAAACCAAUGGGCUAGACUGAAUGUCCUCCAAGUAUGUGAGCUGUCUCACUGCUAGCUCUUCUAACAGGGGAAGUCUGUAUAAAUGCAUCAUCCCCUAAUAAUGCAAGAGAAGGGACCUUGAAAUGUUGCCAGAAAUGUUUACUGUGUAACCGAGACAUCAACAUUUAUAUCAACGUCAUCACACACUGUGCACAACAUACGGAACAACAUACUUUGUCUAAGCUAAAAAUCCAUGUAAAUUGCAGAUGCUUUUGUUGACACCAGUGUGUUGUUUACCUUGUACCCACGGUCCGGAUUUCAAGCUGCAGAAGGACUAUGACUGUUCCUUAAAGUCUCUGCCCUCGCAGAAUCUGUAGCCUUCAGGAUACCCCGAGUGCCUUACAGGGCUUGAACACCGACACUAGAAGUCAAAAAGGAGAGUGUGCCCAAGUGUGGGUCUGGAGGCACUGACGCAUUUGCCGACACUCACCGUCAUCCCAUCCUUGAAACCUAAGGGGAGUGUGUUUUAACACAGUAAUGGAGUUUAAGUUUAGGCUCAGGAAACUCAUAUUGUGAAUAUAGGUAUCAAAUCAUAUAUUUGUUUACUGUAUAUUUUUUAAAAAGCUUUAUUGUAAAUUUAUGCAAAAACUAAUCGGGCCUGUUUUCUUAUGGCAGCAUGCCGGGCAGUGUGUGCAUUUUCUGAGGCGGUCCCUUCAAAGCACCCUCUAACCCCGUGACAUUCUGUUCAGUGCUAAGCAGUAUUCACAGGCCUAACAUAGGUUUGUAUGGUGAUCUACUACAAGAUUUUACAAAUAUUUUUGUAUUGUGAUUCCUAUGAUAUAUACCAGAGAAUUUUUACUCAUUUGUAAAUUAUUGUACAGUUUUAAUAAAAAAAGUUUUAAAUCUUAGAUUAAAGCCCCUCAAAGGUAUUAAAGUGUGAACUGAAAGCCGUAUGAA